AUGCUUGGAAUCGGAGGUUCGCCCGCAAUAGCUGCUGCAGCGGCUGCUGCCGCCGCCCAGGGCAUGAUGGCCACCUAUGCCAAUCAUGUGGAGAACAACAACGAGGCAAAGAAGCCCAAAGUGGAUGGUCAGAUCAACACGGUGCCGUCUCGAGUCGUCCACAUCCGGAACAUACCCAAUGAGGUCACUGAGGCCGAAGUAAUUCACCUCGGCAUCCCCUUCGGUCGGAUCACCAAUGUCCUUGUACUUAAGGGAAAGAACCAGGCAUUUCUGGAGUUUGGGGAAGAGACAUCUGCGCACACUAUGGUGACAUACUUCAGCAACUGUGCAGCUCAGCUUCGAGGCCGCACAGUCUACGUGCAGUUCUCCAACCACAAGGAACUGAAAACUGACCAGACACAUUCGAAUGCGAAUGCAGCAGCCCGAGCCGCUUUACAGGCGGCCCAGGCUCUUGCUGGACAGAGUGAGACUCAGGGAGGACCUAAUACUGUCCUCAGGGUUGUGAUUGAGCACAUGAUCUACCCUGUGACCCUGGACGUCUUACACCAGAUUUUCUCCCGAGUGGGGCGGGUCCUCAAGAUCAUCACUUUCACCAAGAACAACACAUUCCAGGCCUUGAUUCAGUACCCAGAUGUAGUGACAGCCCAAGCUGCCAAGCUGACUUUGGAUGGCCAGAACAUCUACAAUGCCUGCUGCACGCUUCGCAUAGAAUACUCCAAGCUGACCAACUUGAAUGUGAAAUAUAACAACGACAAGAGUCGGGAUUAUACUAAUCCCAAUCUCCCAACAGGGGAUCCGGCACUGGAUUCCGGUCGAGGGAUCAUGAUGACUGAUUUGGGAAUGGGAGCUUUGAGUGGGAUGCCCUUGGCUGGCAUGACCUUGCCUGGACCUUUGUCAGGUCUUGGAAUUCCUGCCCUUGGCAUCCCAGGUCAGACAAUUUCAGGCAAUGUCCUGCUGGUGUCAAACCUCAAUGAGAAUGAGGUCUCCCCAGAUGCCCUCUUCACCCUAUUUGGUGUUUAUGGGGACGUCCAACGAGUAAAGAUCUUGUACAACAAGAAAGAUAGUGCCUUGAUCCAAAUGUCUGACUCCCAUCAGGGUCAUUUGGCUAUGACCCACCUGGACAAGGUGAUUUUAUGGGGCAAACAGAUUCGGGUCAUGCCAUCGAAACACCAGCAGGUCCAGAUGCCGAAGGAGGGCCAGGCCGAUGCAGCUGAACUCACCAAGGACUAUUCCAAUUCCCCGCUGCAUCGGUUCAAGCGCCCAGGUUCAAAAAAUUAUCAGAACAUCCAUGCACCAUCAUCCACAUUGCACUUGUCCAACAUUCCACCAAGCGUUGGGGAGGAUGACCUCAAGGAGGCCUUCACUCAGGCAGGGUUUCAGGUCAAGGAUUUCAAGUUCUUCCCUAAUGACCGGCGGAUGGCCCUGAUUCAACUGUCCUCAGUUGAGGAGGCCAUCCUAGCUUUGAUAAAGAUGCACAAUCACCAACUGAGUGAUACCAACCACCUCCGCGUUUCCUUCUCCAAAUCAGUCAUCAACUGA